AUGGGACUAUCUCGGCCACCCAAUGGCGAGGACGCGACAGUGUCGCCUUUUGCCCCCGGUCCUAUUUCGAACGAGAUGGACGCUUUUGAUAACAAGCAAAUGAGCCACUUGCAAACAUCAGGGGAAGGGAACGUGGAGUGGAUGAAGGGAUUGGAUUUAACACGCUUGACACCAGACCAGCUUGCUGUUCUCGUAGCGGUGGGAAAUCUUCAUCUAACAUCCUUCGCUCACCACAAAUCUUUAAGCCAACAACUGCAAGACAUCAAGAGCGCCGUCGAGGUUUCUAAAAAAGGGUCGGGAGAGUCUUUCAGUCAAAAGAUUGUCUGCCGCUACCAAAGUUGGCUCCAAUCCUGCUAUGCAGACCCCCUCCGAUCACCAUGGAACCCAACAUUUGAACAAGCAUAUGCAGCAAAAGGAACAGGAAUUCGCUCAAAGAAUGACACCAGACCGUCCCAAGUCCAAGAAGCGCAACUCCAAAACCCCCGAGUCCAGCAAUACCAAGAUCAGCAACUCCAAGCUCAACAACUCUUACCUCAGCAGACCCAGGCCAAAACAAUCGAUAUUCGGGCAAUCGAAGCUGAGAUUCACAAAAUUCAGGCACUCCAAGCUCGGCUUAUCCAAUCUAAGGCACUCCAAGAUCAACAAUUCUCAGCAACUCAACAUCAAGUCCAGCAUCUCCCAGCUCAGCAACUCCAAACUCGGCAACUCCAAACACAUGCACUCCAAGAUCAGCAACUUUCAGCUAUUCAACAUAGAGUCCAAAAUCCCACAGCUCAGCAACUCUCCGCAAAGCGACCUAAACAACAUCCUCCACGGCGACCGGAGUCGCAACCGGUGGCCAAUGUGUACCAGCCUAUGCCUUUACCACAGGGACUAAACCGAGAAGGGAGCAAUUUUGAGGAGCAUGGAAGAACUCAAGACGAUUUUCAGGAACCACCGAGAUCUGUUCCCGCCUCUUCUGACUGGCAGAACGCUUUCGGUCUUGUAAACCAAGGAACUGCACAUGAGGCAUCUAUAGGCGGAACGCCGCCUGGAAUGUGGCCUGAAGCGCCGCCUACCAAGAGGGAAGCACCCACAACCCUCAAUGGGGGCUACCUGUAUGAGACUCUAACGCCGUGCAGGAAGAAGGGAAGACUUGAAGAAGUCAAAGAAGGAUUUUGA